UCUCCCCCCGUUGAGCUGCAGAGGCUGGUGUGAUGUCCGUCUCUAAUCCACCUGCCUGUUAUUACAGCACCAAUGAGCGUGUCCUUAUCCCACCUCUGGACAAAUGUUGCCCAGCAUGGACUAUAAGCGAGAAAAGGAGCAGGAUGCAGAGUGUGAGAAGAUAAGCGCUGUGCUGCUGAAGUCACGGACAGGAGAAUUUGAUUUGGAAUCCAUUCUGUUUUUGAAACUCAGAGUUCUUGGUAUACAUGACCUUGGAUGCAUUGGGGAAUGUGUAAAUUUGGAGAGGCUGGACCUAUUUGGGAACAGUGUCACAAAUAUAGGACCUCUAUCAUCUCUUCGUCUUCUUUCUGUGCUUAAUUUGUCUUCUAACAGAAUCUCUAAUAUAGAGCCACUUCGUAGUUGUGAAAAUUUACAAACUUUAAAUUUAGCUGGUAAUGUCAUAUCCAGCACUGAGAGCCUACAUUGCCUUGUUUCUCUGAAAAAGCUAGAGAACAUACGUCUGAGAGACAACACUUACAAUUACAGUAACCCAGUGUGCAGGAGUGCAUCAUACAGAGCUGUUGUACUCGAGAUGUUCCCGAACAUCAAAGUUCUGGAUGGAGAGAGAGUUGUUGGACGAGGAAGUGAAUUGUACCAGUUAUGCAAAGACAUUGAUGAGACCAUAAAAGCUGGUUCAUACAAGAAUGGGCAGCUCAUUGAACAUCCCGAUUGCAAGCCAUGGGUAGAAGAUGGUUACUGGGAGAUAAAGCGAUCAAACAAUGCCAUUAUUGAAGAAGCCUACAAACAGUUCAAUGAUGUUCUUCAUGAAUGCAGACUCUUGAACAACAGAGCCACACAUGUGAUUUCCCAGACGGAGAGAUCAAUGAGCUUGAAGAAGCAGCCAAAGCAAUACGCCAUCUGAAUUGGGCUAUUUUGUACAAACCUUUUAUGUAACUUUCAGCCGCCUUUUUUGCUUUGUAAUGAUGUACUAUGACAGAUGUACUGUAGCUUUUUUCAAACAACCAUGCUAUAUCCAAAUGCUUUUUAAAUAUCAUUGCCUGACACACGUGCUCUGUGCCGCAGUGUGUAAACUUCGCUGUUACUGUAUUCAUCCUAUGCAUUGGUUAACAGAAUAAAUACGGAGGCAGUUUGAAAACCUUGACCCAUACUGAUGCCCCUCAGUUUGGCUCAUUGAUGUCUUAACUUGCACAAUGUGCAUUUUGUACAAUGCUGUAGCCUGAAGUAAUGCUGAUAGCUAUGCUGCUCAUUAGAAUUUGUAUUGGUCUUUGCUUACAGGGUGUCCUUAAUUUUACGUUGCUGGUUAAUUUAUAGAGUAAAUGUGUCCUGUAUUGUAUGUUUUUGUUGUGCAUAUGCAAAGAUUGACUGAUUGAUUGUUGGCUCUUUCUACCUUUUUUUUUUUUAUUAUUAUUAUAGGAUUUCUCUGUGCAACCAACUUGCUGAAAAUACAUUAUUUAAAAGCCUGUCAAUGUGUAUUUAAUUCUGACUUUAUUUAGAAUAAAUUCAGAUAAGAUGCAUACCACUUUCCGAUCAGAGCAAAUUAUGUAUAUUGUGAUGAAUUUGUUUUUGUAAGUCAUAAGGCAAUCCUACAAAUAAUGCCAUGCUGCCACCUGCUGGUGAUUGUCCAAUACACUUAUAAAUAACCUAACACAGACAUUAGACACGCAUUGGUCAUAUUUGAUAUUUAUCUGCAAUAGAAACGUUGGAAUUUAGUUUACUGCUUUUCCUUGUUGAAGAAAGUAAUUAUUUGAACCACUAUAUACAGGUACGGUCAUCGGUUUGUAUUUUAACAAAUUUUGUUUUUUUUGACAGCCGGAAGUUUGCUUACGUCUUUUCCAGCUUGACAAGUGCCGCCGCCUGCUCCUCAGAGCUCGACCUCGUCUACCUCACGAUCGCAGAAAACAUGUGGAGGUCAACGAUUUUUGUAAGCUGCUUUCAAGCUGAAAAAGGAAGAUAAAAGCUACGAGGAUGAUUAAGAUCAUUUUGGGAGCUGUUUCUGUUGAAGAUAAUUUUCUUGUUAGACCUAACAUAUAGCAACACAUGUCUACUGUCUACAGAUUAUUCAUCUGCUAACAAAGUUUGGUUUUUAUAUCAAUGGCAAGGACAAACUCAAACCACAGCAAGUUAGUUUAGUCUACUUGACUAUGGAACUGCUAACUGUCCUUGCUGUUGCAGCUACAUCACAGCAAUCAGAUGGAGGUUUUUGCAGUUGUCACAUGUCACUUAUAGUGUGGUCUGGGGUCCUAAGGCCCAUUCUUGUGGUGGCCAAAACAAAUUGCUAAAUGUCAUCUCUUCCUCAACAGAACUGUAAACAGAACAAAUCUACAUUUGUUGUUUUUUGUUUUUUUUAUUCAUUGCAGUGAUUUCUGUGCUGGAUUAAUCGGAGGUUUGGGAGUGACGCCAAGUGGAAACAUUGGUGCCCAUGGGGUGGCCAUAUUUGAGUCGGUUCAUGGAACUGCUCCAGAUAUCGCAGGAUAAGAUCUUGCGAACCCCACUGCCCUGCUGCUCAGUGCCAUCAUGAUGCUGCGCCACAUGGGCUUACAUAGCCACGCCCAGAAAAUUGAAACUGCCUGUUUUAACACCAUUCAGAAAAAAAGGGUUCUAACCAAAGACUUGGGAGGAAACUUCAAGUGCUCAGAGUUCACAGAAGCAAUUUGUCAGAGAGUUCGGGACAUGAAGUAAAAGGAGCUUGUGAGGCUUCUUAUAAUAUGUCAGUAUAGUAUCACGUUGCACUGUGUGACUCCAUGUUAAAACUUUUACCCAGAACAUGUAUUUAAAAUUCUGGUGCUUAUAAACUUGAAUGUUUAGAUUGCAGCACCUUACAAAGUAUUGUCUUAACCACAUCAUCAAGAACAUCUGUAUAUAUGACAUGCUAAAUAAGAUUUUUGAGGAUGAUUAUACAUUAAUCUUUAAUGUGUUUAAAACUCACUAUAAAAUAAGCGGGACAGUCAUCAUAAACAUGUCAUAAGUCUUCCAUUAUGGCGCCCAGAGAUUAUGCACUUGAUACUAGUGGGGAAAAAAACAUGCUUCCUUAUGCACAAAACCUUAUCAUUUUGCACAUGGUAUGUUUUUAAACCAAUAGGUGUUGUUAUUCCAAAUUGUAUGAAUGUAUAGAGCACAAUUCCAACAGAAAUGUGAAACUUUAACCUGUUUUUAUUUCAAUCUUGGUGGCUAUUAAAGUUACUUGACAAAAUUUUCAUAUAUCCAA